AUGGAUGACAUGCUUCUGACUGUGAUGGCCUUUGACAGGUUUGUGGCCAUCUGUCACCCCUUGCAAUACCAUGUCAUCAUGAACUUCCACCUCUGUCUCUGCUUUGUUCUGGUGUCUUUUUUGUUUAGCAUUUUGGAAUCUCAGGUACACAAUUUAAUUGCCUUACAAUUCCCUUAUUUUAAAGAUGUGGAAAUUUCUAAUUUCUUCUGUGAUCCUUCUCAUGUCCUUAGUCUUUCAUGCUCCAAUAGUGUUACUAAAAAUAUAGUCAUGUAUUUUAUUGGUGCUAUCUAUGGUCUCACUCCUGUCACAGUGAUCAUUUUGUCUUACUAUAAAAUUGUUUCUUCUAUUCUGGAUAUCACUUCAUCACAUGGAAAGUAUAAAGCAUUUUCCAACUGUACAUCUCACUUAUCAGUCAUUUGCUUAUUUUAUGGGACUGGAAUUGCAGAGUACCUUGAAUCCUUUGUAUCUAGUUCUAGAAAAAGUGCAGUGGUCUCAUUAAUGUGUACAGUUGUCACCCCUAUGCUGAACCCAUACAUUUACAGCCUAAGGAACAGGGACAUUAAAAAUGCUCUUCAGAGGCUGUGGAGCAGAACCAGAAAAUCUUAUCAUGUUUUCCAUCCAUCCUGUAGUUUGCACUGA